UCUUUAGAAUUCCUGAAUGUUACAAUAUUAUUGGUCACGAGGCCUUUCUCGUUUUUCAUGCGUACAUGCUCAUUUAUCUUGAAAACCUUUGUUGUUGUUGUUCAAACUUGGUUGAAGCUGUUGAAGACCUCGGUCAGUCUUCACUUAAACAUAUUUUGGACAACUUUGUGUGGAUAAUUGCAAUUGUCUCUCUUCCUGGACGAAUUUUAGCUGCUUUACGAAGGGGAAGGCAGUUGCAACAAUUUUUUCAAUUUCUGGAAAUCGAGUUUGAUAAUGUUUUGCUGGAAAGAAAGGAGCUCCAAAAACAAUUCCAGGCUGCUUUGAAGGAGCAUAAGAUGAUGGAAUUGAUGUUGAACGAACUUGAAAUGAUACAUGAAAAGGCAACCAACAAGAUUGCACUCUUAGAAAGUGAGAUUGUUCUUUGAGGACAGACCAAGAGCAUAAUGCUGUUGAGUGAAGGAAUAGCGUGAUAAGAGGAAUAAAGGGAAAUGAAGUAUAACCAAACUUGGAACCUUUGCAAGCAAGGGGAGGUUUUCUGUUCCCUUUCUUUUAUUUUUCCAUCCUUAGAAUCUUGCUUAACAUGCUUUGAGGACAACUUUAAGUGGGGGUGGGGUUGUAGCUUUGCAUGUUCCAUGUUCUUUGGGAAAUUUUCAUUUUGCCAAAAAUGCCUAAAUUUUAAAAAUUUUCAAAUUCUCUAUUCUUAGAAUAAAUAUCAUGCCUACUUUGCUUUUUAGCUUAGAAAACACGUUUGCCUAACCCUUAAGCAUGGAGCUUGGGUUUGUGAUUGUUUUAUUAUUUAAAUAUCUUAAAUAUGUUGAAAAUGCGUACUUUAAUAGCUUAGAAAUGAGUAAAAUGUAUGCAAUCUAUUAUAUGAAUAUUGUGAACACUGUACAUACUUAAUAAUAUGUGCUGCUGAAAACAUGACCUAACUAAAACCAGACUUGCCUAGCCCUUAG